GCUGAAGGAUUUUCGCACGUUACAUAAAAUUCCAAUACAAUAUUAGUUUAACUUUUAGUUUUUCCAGUAAUUUCAACGUUAAUUUUUCACAAAAAUGCAGCAAUAGUUGUGGCGCACCAUAAAAUAAAGAAAGAAAGAAAAGUGAGCUUAAUAAAAAUGUGCACAUAACUGUAAAGCAAAAGCAGUCGGGCGCCAUUUGUGUGCUGCCACAAAAUUGUACAUAAAAGAUUCCAUUAUUAAAAUUCGAAAGCAAAUUUGCUUUUGUGUAUAAGUUCGUUAACUAAUGCAUUAAAAAUUUAAAACGUGUUUAAGCCAUUCGACAACAAAUUCAACAAAAUCGAUAUACUACAGCCACAAACGCACAUAAGGCGUCCGAGUCGCACGUCUUGAAAAAAAAGGGGCCGCCGUCACCCAGCCACCCCAACAUCCCCACCAAACAGCACCCACAGCAUUCACAUCAAAAGCAUCCACCCACCAAAAAGUGUAGCAAAAAGCGCAAGCGAGAGAGCAAUAUCAAAAAAAAUUAGCAAAAGCAAAAGACAAUUGAAAUAAAGCCAUCAUGUCAUUCAUAACGAAAUUGAAAGCUACGCCAUUGCCUCCAUUGCCACCAUUGAAGAACAUACUCAAUGUGGCCAUGCAAACGGCCAGACAGACCAUUCCAGACCGCAAGGAUUACCAGCAGCCAGGCGGAGCGAGCGGCAGCAAUCCGCAGCAGAACUUUGCGCAGUCUCAAGGUCAAGCCAUGUUUACAGCAGGCGAAGGCGAUGGCAGCGAGCAGACCACAGAGAUGAGCUCAAAUCCGUUUCGCAAUGCCACAGCAUGGAACAAUGAGGGUGAGGCUGAGGGUGAAUACAAAAACGAAUACCAGAGCACAUCAUUCAACGAGUACGAUGGUAGAUAUCAGCAGACGGAUGGCUUCAGGCAAAGCAGCAUAGCCUCUGAAGGCAGUUCGUUUGUCUGCGAGGGUGAGGGUGGCGGCGGCUCCAAAAUCGACGAGUUCCAGGCGGGAUGGAAUGUGACAAAUGCCAUACAGGGCAUGUUUAUUGUAUCGCUUCCGUUUGCUGUGCUGCAUGGCGGCUACUGGGCAAUUAUAGCGAUGGUGGGAAUUGCACACAUCUGCUGCUAUACGGGCAAAGUGCUGGUGCAGUGCCUCUACGAACCGGAUCCCACAACUGGUCAGAUGGUGCGUGUGCGUGACAGUUAUGUAGCCAUUGCCAAGGUCUGUUUUGGACCCAAGUUAGGAGCACGCGCCGUUAGCAUUGCCCAGCUUAUAGAGCUGCUCAUGACCUGUAUACUCUAUGUGGUGGUCUGUGGAGAUUUACUGGCGGGUACUUACCCGCAGGGCUCGUUUGAUUCUCGCUCUUGGAUGCUGUUCGUGGGAAUUUUUCUGCUGCCAAUGGGCUUCCUUAAGUCGCUCAAAAUGGUCUCUACGUUAUCCUUUUGGUGCACCAUGUCGCAUAUUGUAAUCAAUGCCGUUAUAUUGGGCUAUUGCCUGCUGCAAAUUGGCGACUGGGGCUGGUCCAAGGUCCGCUGGAGCAUUGACAUGGAGAACUUUCCCAUUUCAUUGGGCGUCAUUGUCUUCUCCUACACUUCGCAAAUAUUUUUGCCCACACUCGAGGGCAACAUGAUCGAUCGCUCAAAGUUCAACUGGAUGCUGGACUGGUCUCACAUAGCUGCCGCCGUAUUUAAAGCUGGCUUUGGUUACAUCUGCUUUCUGACCUUUCAAAAUGAUACACAGCAGGUGAUUACCAACAAUCUGCACUCCCAGGGCUUUAAGGGUAUGGUUAACUUUUUCUUGGUCAUCAAAGCCAUCUUGAGCUAUCCCUUGCCAUACUAUGCUGCCUGUGAACUGCUUGAACGCAACUUCUUUCGUGGUCCGCCAAAGACAAAAUUCCCCACCAUUUGGAAUCUGGAUGGUGAGCUUAAGGUGUGGGGUCUGGGCUUCCGUGUGGGCAUCAUUGUUACCACCAUACUUAUGGCCAUAUUUAUACCGCAUUUCUCCAUACUAAUGGGUUUUAUUGGCAGCUUUACGGGCACUAUGCUUAGUUUUAUCUGGCCCUGUUAUUUUCAUAUUAAGAUCAAGGGUCAUCUGCUAGAUCAGAAGGAAAUAGCCAAGGAUUACAUUAUUAUUGCGCUGGGCGUGCUAUUCGGCGUUAUAGGCAUCUAUGAUUCUGGCAAUGCACUAAUCAAUGCAUUCGAAAUUGGUCUUCCAUUUUAAAUAUUUUAUUUUAAAACGACAAAAAUACGAAUACAAUGCAAACACAUUGUUAUAUAUAUAUAACUUGGGCUGCAUUCUUGGCUAACGAAUUAGCGCAACAUGUCUUCCAAAACUAUAAUUGUUAUUUAUUAAUAUUUUUUAGCCAAGCUUGCAGUCCAUGACGACAAAAACAAUAACUUUAGUCUGUAAGUAACGAAACGCAAGUCUUCCAAACAAAGCGAACAAAUGUCUUCCAAACAAACAAAUAAAAUAUAUAUACAUAU